AUGGCGACCGCGGCCGCAGCCUCGGCUUCCGAGUCGGAGGCUGAGCCCAAGGCGGGGCCCAAAACUGAGGAAGAGGUGGAUGAAGUUAAGACGGCUAGGACGAGGAGGAAGAUGUUGACCCUCGAGUUAGGGUGGGACCAACAGGAGGAAGGUGUGAGCGAGAGCGACGGGGAUGAGGAGUACGCCAUAGCUUCCUCCGCCGAGAAUUCCCCCGGGGAGUACGAGUGGGAGUACGACGAGGAGGAGGAGAAAAACCAGCUGGAGAUCGAGCGUCUGGAGGAGCAGCUGUCCAUCAAUGUCUACGACUACAACUGCCAUGUAGACCUGAUCAAGCUGCUCCGCCUGGAAGGGGAGCUCACCAAAGUGAGGACGGCUCGCCAGAAGAUGAGCGAGAUCUUUCCCUUGACCGAAGAGCUCUGGCUGGAGUGGCUGCACGAUGAGAUCAGCAUGGCCCUGGACGGCCUGGACCGCGAGCACGUGUAUGAGCUCUUCGAGAGAGCCGUGAAGGAUUACAUCUGCCCUAAUAUUUGGCUAGAAUAUGGCCAGUACUCUGUUGGUGGUAUUGGUCAGAAAGGUGGCCUUGAGAAAGUUCGCUCUGUGUUUGAAAGGGCUCUGUCAUCCGUCGGCUUACACAUGACCAAAGGACUGGCCAUCUGGGAGGCGUACCGAGAAUUUGAAAGUGCCAUUGUGGAAGCUGCUCGGCUUGAGAAAGUGCACAGUCUCUUCCGGCGACAGUUGGCGAUCCCGCUCUAUGAUAUGGAGGCCACAUUUGCAGAGUAUGAAGAAUGGUCAGAACACCCAAUACCAGAGUUGGUAAUACAGAACUAUAACAAAGCACUACAGCAGCUGGAGAAAUACAAACCCUAUGAGGAGGCACUGUUGGAAGCAGAGGCACCGAGGCUGGCAGAAUAUCAAGCAUACAUUGACUUUGAGAUGAAGCUUGGUGAUCCGGCUCGCAUUCAGCUGAUCUUUGAGCGUGCCCUAGUGGAGAACUGCCUUGUCCCAGACUUGUGGAUCCGUUACAGUCAGUACCUAGACCGGCAGCUGAGAGUGAAGGAUUUGGUUUUAUCUGUGCACAGCCGUGCUGUUAGAAACUGCCCCUGGACGGUGGCCCUGUGGAGUCGGUACCUCUUUGCCAUGGAGAGACAUGGAGUUGAUCAUCAAGAGAUUUCUGUGACCUUUGAGAAAGCUCUGAGCGCUGGCUUCAUCCAGGCCGCUGAUUAUGUGGAAAUUUGGCAGGCAUACCUUGACUACCUGAGGAGAAGGGUUGACUUCAGGCAAGAUUCCAGUAAGGAGCUAGAAGAGCUGCGGUCCACAUUCGCUCGCGCUUUGGAGUAUUUGCAGCAGGAGGUUGAAGAGCGUUUCAAUGAGAAUGGAGAUCCAAGUUGCAUGAUCAUGCAGAACUGGGCCCGGAUUGAGGCUCGACUGUGCAAUAAUAUGCAGAAAGCUCGGGAACUCUGGGACAGCAUCAUGACCAAAGGAAACGCCAAAUAUGCCAACAUGUGGCUUGAGUAUUACAACCUGGAAAGGGCCCAUGGUGACACACAGCACUGCCGGAAAGCUCUGCACCGGGCUGUCCAGUGCACCAGUGACUACCCUGAGCAUGUCUGCGAAGUGUUGCUUACUAUGGAGAGGACAGAAGGUACAUUAGAAGAUUGGGAUAUGGCCAUCCAGAAAACUGAGACUCGGUUAGCGCGUGUGAAUGAGCAGAGAAUGAAGGCUGCGGAGAAGGAGGCAGCCCUUGCACAGCAAGAGGAAGAAAAGACUGAACAGCGAAAGAGGGUGCGAGCUGAGAAGAGAGCACUGAAAAAGAAGAAAAAAGCCCCAGGCACAGACAAGCGCAAAGCAGAUGAGGAUGAGAAAGAGUGGGGUGAUGAGGAAGAAGAGCAGCCUUCCAAACGCCGAAGGAUGGAGAACAGCAUGCCCCUGGCUGGAGCAGCUCCAGCUAUGGAAGAGGAAGCAGGGCUGACUAGGAAAUGUGCAGCCGUGGAUGUCGCUCCCCCUUCAAAGCAGAAAGAGAAGGCAGCCUCCCUGAAGCGGGACAUGCCCAAGGUGGCCCAUGACAGCAGUAAGGACAGCAUCACUGUCUUUGUCAGCAACCUGCCUUACAGCAUGGGGGAGCCCGAAGCGAAGCUCAGGCCAGUCUUCGAGGCCUGUGGGGAGGUGGUGGAGAUCCGCCUCUUCAGCAACCGUGGUGACUUCCGAGGCUACUGCUAUGUGCAAUUCAAAGAGGAGAAGUCAGCCCUGCAGGCCCUGGAGCUGGACCGCAAGAACGUGGAAGGGAGGCCAAUGUUUGUUUCCCCCUGUGUGGACAAAAGCAAAAACCCCGAUUUUAAGGUGUUCAGAUACAGCAGCCUGGAGAGACACAAGCUGUUCAUCUCAGGCCUGCCCUUCUCCUGCACUGAAGAGGAGCUACAAGACAUCUGUAAGGCUCAUGGCACCGUGAAGGACCUCAGGCUGGUCACCACCCGGGCUGGCAAACCAAAGGGUCUGGCCUACGUGGAGUACGAAAAUGAAUCCCAGGCGUCGCAGGCUGUAAUGAAGAUGGAUGGCAUGACCAUCAAAGAAAACGUCAUCAAGGUGGCGAUCAGCAAUCCCCCUCAGAGGAAAGUCCCUGAGAAGUCUGAGGCGAGGAAAGCUCCAGGUGGCCCCAUGAUGCCGAGACAGAUAUACGGAGCGCGUGGGAAGGGGAGGACCCAGCUCUCCCUGCUGCCUCGAGCCCUCCAACGCCCGAGUGGUGCAGCUCCUCAGGCCGAGAAUGGCCCUGCUCCACGUCCAGAAGUUGCCACCUCUGCAGCCACCGAGGCACCCAAGAUGUCCAAUGCCGAUUUUGCCAAGUUGCUCCUGAGAAAGUGAAUGGGACUCUGAGAGAUGGGAAAUGCCUUACUUCAUGCUGGCCGGGUAGACCCCUGCCACCCAGCAGCACCCUGGGAGCUGAGGGCUGGGCGCAGUGCUGGUGCUCCUAGAAAGGGCAGGUGUUCCACGCACAGGGUGGAAGUGCUCCUC